AUGAGUGCUGUGGAUAUGAAUAUUACGUGGACCAGACCAGACCUGGGAGGUGCAAUUGUGCAUUUCUAUGCUAAUCAUAGAGACAUUAAUAAGAGGCAGAUUCCUCAUUUUAGAGGGAGAACAGCUCUGUAUAAAGAGGAGCUACAGAACGGCAACAUCUCACUGAGACUCGCUAAUCUUAAUUUCCUUGAUGAAGGAGAGUACAAAUGUAGUGUGGAAUCCAGAUUCUGGUACAGUGAUUUCUCUUUUGAACUCAUAGUUGAAGCUAUUGGAACACCUCCACUGAUCACUGUGGAAAAAUAUGAUAGUAACUCUGAAGAGUUCAGUUUACUGUGUGAAUCUAAAGGGUGGUUUCCUCAGCCUGAUCUUCACUGGCUGGACAGUGAAGGAAAGAGUCUCACUGCAGGAGAUACAGAAUCACAGAGAGACGCUGAGCUGUUCAAUGUGAAACGUCGAAUCACUGUACAUAAGAGUGAUAUUGACACAGUGUUUUGUAAAGUGAUACUGAGAGAUUACAUAAUGAAGGAAAAGAUCAAGGCUGGUGCCAUUUAUGAGCACUGA